GCCCGGUGGGAUGUCAUCGCUGUGCAUGACGUAACGGGGUGGUCCGGGAUUCCGCUCCCUGUGGCUCCCAGUCACACAGACAGGCGGCACUCCGUCCUGACUCCUGAGCAAUGAAUGAAUGAACCUGAGCUGGAGGGACCGCGCUGUCAAAUCUCUCUGUGGUUAUUACCGGGAGCUGCCCUCACUGAGGAGAACGUACCAAACCGAUCUCCUCACUGAAAACACCGGCAGCAGCACCAUCACCGCUGUGUGCGAGCCCCGCACCAGGACCACGUGACCGCGCGCUCCCCCCUCUCACCUUCCCUCUCUCUCUGUCUCUCUCUCCCCCCGCACGCCACGCCUAGACACACAGUCAGGCUCGGGAGCCCGCGUCGGUUCCGUUAGAAGCUGAGCGCCCCGUCACCCGGUUACCCGCCGCCAUGUUCAGCUGGGUCAGUAAAGACGCCCGCAGGAAGAAGGAGCCCGAGCUCUUCCAGACGGUGGCUGACGGUCUCCGCCAACUGUACACCCAGAAGCUGCUGCCCCUGGAGGAGACCUACCGCUUCCAUGAGUUCCACUCCCCGGCCCUGGAGGACGCCGACUUCCACAACAAGCCCAUGGUGCUGCUGGUGGGCCAGUACAGCACGGGGAAGACCACCUUCAUCCGGCACCUCAUGGAGCAGGACUUCCCCGGCAUGAGGAUCGGUCCGGAGCCCACCACCGACUCGUUCAUCGCCGUCAUGCACGGCCCGGUGGAGGGAGUGCUGCCCGGGAACGCGCUGGUGGUGGACCCCAAGAAACCCUUCAGAAAGCUCAGCGCCUUCGGGAACGCCUUCCUGAACAGGUUUAUGUGUGCACAGCUGCCUAAUCCUGUCCUGGAGAGCAUCAGUAUUAUAGAUACACCUGGCAUUUUAUCUGGGGAGAAGCAGCGAAUUAGUAGAGGGUAUGACUUUGCAGCAGUGUUGGAGUGGUUUGCUGAACGUGUGGAUCGCAUCAUUCUGCUCUUUGAUGCUCACAAACUGGACAUAUCUGAUGAGUUUUCAGAGGUCAUCAAAGCUCUCAAAAACCAUGAAGAUAAAAUUCGCGUUGUGUUGAACAAGGCGGAUCAAAUUGAAACCCAGCAGCUUAUGAGAGUUUAUGGGGCUCUCAUGUGGUCAUUGGGCAAGAUCAUUAACACUCCAGAGGUGGUUCGUGUUUACAUUGGUUCAUUCUGGUCCCAUCCUCUGCUCAUCCCAGACAACCGCAAGUUAUUUGAAGCAGAAGAACAGGACUUGUUUAAGGACAUUCAAUCCCUACCCCGCAAUGCUGCCCUUCGCAAGCUUAAUGACCUCAUUAAAAGAGCCAGACUGGCCAAGGUUCAUGCGUAUGUUAUUAGCGCAUUAAAAAGAGAUAUGCCUAAUGUCUUUGGGAAGGAGAACAAGAAGAAAGAGCUGAUAAACAACCUGGCUGAGAUAUAUAUGAAAAUAGAAAAGGAAUAUCAAAUCUCUCCUGGAGACUUCCCCAACCUUAAGAAAAUGCAGGAAGUCCUAAUGACACAAGACUUUACCAAGUUCCAGGCCCUGAAGCCAAAGUUGCUGGACGCAGUAGAUGACAUGUUGGCCAAUGACAUUGCUCGUCUUAUGGUUAUGGUCCGGCAGGAAGAGUCCCAGAUGACAAACCAAGUGGUGAAAGGGGGUGCAUUUGAGGGAACCAUGAAUGGUCCGUUUGGCCACGGAUAUGGCGAGGGGGCUGGAGAAGGCAUUGAUGACGUUGAAUGGGUAGUAGGCAAGGACAAACCAACAUAUGAUGAAAUCUUCUACACUCUGUCACCCGUCAAUGGAAAGAUCACUGGUGCCAGUGCCAAAAAGGAAAUGGUGAAGUCUAAACUCCCCAACACUGUUUUGGGCAAGAUAUGGAAGUUAGCAGAUGUGGACCGAGAUGGGCUUCUUGACGACGAAGAGUUUGCCUUAGCUAAUCACUUAAUAAAAGUAAAGCUAGAAGGGCAUGAGUUACCAACCGAUCUGCCACCUCACCUAAUCCCACCAUCAAAACGGAGAGUAGAGUGACCAAAGCAAGCUCGGACCUUUCUUCUCCUUCAGAGUCUUCCACUUUAUUUUCCUUCUUAAAUGCCUCCCUUGAAAGAACUCCAACAUCAGGGAUGAGACUUUUACAACAUGUAACUUUAUAAAUGUAUACAAAGUCUUAUAGCACAGCUUUAAAUAAAAUAAACAAUACUGCUUUAUUGAAGGAGCAACAGUAAUGUGUCAAUAUAGUAUUGAUGACUUUAGGUUUAUUGUGCAGCCUAGAAGUGGUAAUUUGUUCUAUUGCCAAAGACCACAUCUGGCUAAAGGUAACGUGAUGAAAUUGUUGGAACAUCAUCUGCUGUUUGAGCCGUCCUGCACGCUUCUGUUUUGCUAUCAUGGAACUUGCAUAAACUCUUAACUUGAGUAUCAAAGCGGUAACCUCACAAUUGGCUCUCUUUAAUUGCUGUACUGCAUUCUGCUAUUGUUCAAUGGACCCUUCAUGGUAUAACUGAGUUGGUGUUUAUUGAAUGGUGAAAAUGACGGACUCCUAAUACACUGUGUGCUUGGGGGCACCUGACAAACACCACAUUACUGCCUUAUUUUCCCAGUUGUGGCAAUCAAAUGAAUAACAGGAUAAUUUGAAGAUUACGUGAUGGAGCACAAUUCUUCUUUGACAUUCAUUCAGCUUGUUUUGAGUAUCUGUAACAAGUCCAUCUAAUUUCUGUACCCUGAUUGUACUGCCAUGCUAGACACUGAAGCAGCUAAUAAGGUUAAUAGUCUGUUUAAUGCCAAGAAAUAUUUUUACUGUAACAUUGUUAUCUACCUGGUAUUGUUCCUCUUGCAUUAUUUCCACUAGUUUUAUACUUAAUAGCAUCUCUGAUGAUGAACAUGAGCUCCCUUGUUUGUCUGAAUUAGAAUCACAUAAAUGACCCUGUCAGUAUUAGAUAAAUGAAUGCUGUGUUCACUUUUUUUUUCUGAAUCGUCCUCAACAUUACUGAAGUUUAUAUUUUGCUCUCAGCUACAAGGGUAUUGAAGAGAAAUAUUUUAAAAAUACAAAUAUAUAUACAGUGUGUGUAUAUAUUUUUAUAGAGUGGUUGAUCUGAGGCUGUUGCAAAAAUCCUCAAUGUGACUGGUUUGUGUGUGUGUAUAUAUGUUUGUGUGUGUAUAUGUAUGUAUAUAUAUAUAUAUAUAUAUAUAUAUAUAUAUAUAUAUAUACACACUCUCACUCUCUCUCUCUCUCUCUCUCUCUCUCUCUUUCUCUUUCUCUUUGACUAUUUUUGGAAUAUAAGACCAGAUAGCUAUUACUGCACAUUCUCAUUAUAGUGUUGCCAGCUCAUCUAUCCGUACAGGGGAACAUAUAAUUUGCAUAGGUACUUGGGGGUCGGUGUUUAGGCUGCAGGAGGAUGAUGAAAUGCAGAUUUCCAGCAGUCAUAUCACCUGGUCCCAAUUACCCUGUCACAGAACCUGUGUAAUUACUGAACACCUUAACUUGUCCUCACCCCCAUUAUUCCUAAAAUAUAUAAUUACACACAAAUUA